AUGGACGACGGCAUAGAGAACCCGUUCUUCGUCGCAGACAUCGAUGACCUAUUUUACAAGGUCGACCUUUUGCGCAAGCACUUCCCACGGGUCAAGCCCUUUUACGCCGUCAAGUGCAACGAUAAUCAAGUUGUGCUGGAAGUACUCGCGAGUCUUGAUAUUGGCUUUGACUGCGCGAGCAUCGCUGAAAUCGAAACCAUGACGUCGCUUGGUGUGGACCCAUCGCGUAUCAUAUACGCCCACCCUCAGAAGCACGUCAGCUACCUGCACCGCGCCUCCAAGUUGGGAGUCGACCUGAUGACCUUCGACAGCGCUCAUGAACUUUACAAGAUAAAAGAGCACUACCCAAGCGCACGCCUAGUGUUGAGGCUGAAAGUUGAAAACAAGAAGGCUUGGUUUCGCCUGGGCGACAAGUUCGGCUGCUCUGAGGCCGAGGCUGUCAACCUGCUUCAUCUGGCAAAGUGCAUCGGACUCAACGUGGUUGGAGUGUGCUUUCACGUCGGAGGAAGCAACGAGGAUGCCAGCGCUUUUGCAGCAGCCAUUCCAGCCGCGAGGCGCAUCUUCGACGCCGGACGAGACAUCGGUUUCGACAUUACUCUGCUGGACAUCGGCGGCGGCUUUCCAAGAGAGCCGGGAUGCCCACCGCUUUUCUUAGAGGCGAUCGAAAAGCUCCUGACCAUCUCCUCCUCUUGUCUUCAGACUGCAGACAUCGUCAACGAGUGUCUCGAGAAGCACUUUCCUGCAAGUUACAACGUCACCGUAAUCAGCGAACCUGGCGGCUUUGUCGUUUCAUCAGCCUUCUCGCUCUACACAAAGAUCAUCGGCAAGCGGAGGAGCGAGGGCAGCGACG